GGUGACGCGCGCCCAGAUGGCCAAGUGGCUCCGAGACUAUCUGACCUUUGGCGGGCGGAGGCCCCCUCCGCAGCCCCCCACCCCGGACUACUCGGAGAGCGACAUCCUGAGAGCCUAUCGGGAGCAGAAGGAUCUGGACUUCGAGGACCCCUACGAGGAUGCGGACAGCCGCCUGGAGCUGGACCCUGCGGGCCCCGCGGACUCCAAGGGCCCUGGAGAGGCCAAGUACGACUCUCCUAAGCAUCGGCUCAUCAAGGUGGAGGCAGCUGACAUGGCCCGAGCCAAGGUCUUGCUGGGCAGCCCCGGGGAAGAGUUGGAAGUGGACACUGAGUACUCGGACCCCUUUGAUGCUCAGCCUUGUGCACCACCUGCAGAUGACAGCUACAUGGAGCCCUAUGAUGCCCAGCGGGUCAUGAGUGAACUGCCGUGCAGGGUUGUGCAGCUGUAUGACACUCCCUAUGAGGAGCAGGGCCAAGGGCCAGCAGAGGAAGCUCCUUCAGGGCAGAGGCCUCGGCAGAGUCGGCUGCCCCGGGAGGAUGAACGCCCAGCAGAUGAAUAUGAUCAGCCCUGGGAGUGGAAGAAAGAUCACAUCUCCAAGGCAUUUGCAGUGCAGUUUGACAGUCCUGACUGGGAAAGGACCUCAGGCGCAGCCAGGGAGCUCCGGCGACACCCGCCCAGAAGCCCCCAGCCUGCUGAGCGCGUGGACCCCGCGCUGCCCCUGGAGAAACAGCCGUGGUUCCAUGGGCCCCUCAGCCGUGCCGAUGCCGAGAACAUCUUGUCACUCUGCAAGGAAGGCAGCUACCUGGUGAGGCUCAGCGAGACCAGCCCCCAGGACUGUUCCCUGUCCCUCAGGAGCAGCCAGGGAUUUCUGCAUCUGAAGUUCACCCGGACUCGAGAAAACCAUUUGGUGCUAGGCCAGCACAGUGGCCCCUUCGCCAGCGUGCCCGAGCUGGUCCUCCACUACAGCUCACGCCCGCUGCCCGUUCAGGGCGCCGAGCACCUGGCCCUGCUCUACCCAGUGACCACCCAGACGCCCUGACCAGGAGACUCAGCUCCCUGUCCUGUUGCCCUGUGUGCUGACAGCCCAGUAAACGCUGGAGGUCUUUCCAGUCCUGCGAGAGGCUUGGGUGGAAAGACUUCCUCCCCCUGCCGGGUCCCGGUCGCCAUCAGCGCCGCCUUCUCCGACUCUCUCUGCGCUCCCCAAUCAUGUCUCGAAGCCCACUGCUGGCCAGGAAAUAAAUAAC